CAAACACUGUGGAGGGAAAAAAAAGCAAAAACCCUGUCUUGGAAAAAGCUUAGUGUUCUUCUGUCUGCUGGGAGUCAGUGUGGAAUCGAACACCAGCUUAUGGUGGAAUUAUGGCACAUAAUGAAACACAUCCCUUUUUGGAGAUACUAAAAUCAUUUAAUCUUGGUGAUAUGAUUCUAGCCUUCUGUUUAUCAGUGCUUGUGGGCCUGCUGCUGGGUGCUUUGGUCUACGUUCUGUUGACCUGGGCAUCCAGGCGCCAGGCCACCGCCAGGAUCACCAGGCGCUCCAAAAAGAGAUCUGGCACUUCACAAAAAGAAAACCCCAUGAGCAACCAACUAGGCCUUUACAGAAGCACUUUUCUGAACGUCUACAGACAGCCCUCUCUGGAGCCAGUGGGCCCUCUGGGGAGUAAGCCCGGUGUAGAGACCUCCACCUUUCGCCCACUGCCCAAGAGAAGCAGGACUGGCCUGGAGAUGGGAGAUGACACUCAGGUCACCAUGCCUGAGGACACAGCAGCUUCAAACUCAUCGGAUUCAGCGUCCCUCAUGCCAAACAAGAGACAUUCGUUCUGGUUGGGCAACAACGGACUUAAAGGAUUUCUACCCUCACAGACUCCCCCACCUGCGUAUGACAGUGUCAUCCAUGCCUUUGAAGAGACUUGCACUUGAAUCUGUCCACAUAAAUACAACAAGAACUGAAAAAGGAGAACAUUCUGGACUUCACAGGACUUUCUGGCUGUGUUCUGCUCUUUAUAAGGGACAUGCAUAUCGAGAAAUCAGACACUUUUCAGUCUAAAGCAGUGUGUCUUUAACUGAAUAAGAUGCUUCCACAGCCAUCAAGUCUCAGCUCAGUAUUAUAUUAGCUUAGGGGUGCAACUAAUGAUAAUUUUCACAGUUGUUUUUUCUAUAGAAUGUCACAAAAUAACAAAAAAUACCAUCAAAGUUUCCCAGGUGACGUCUUCAAAUGUCCUGUUUUGUCCACAACUCAAAAAUAUUCAAUUUACAAUAUGAAAUAGAGACAAGCAGCAAAUCUUAACGCCGGCGAAGAUGCAAUAAGCAAAUUCUUGAAAAAUUACUCAAAUGAUUAAUCGAUGAAUGGACUAAUCAUUGCAGUUUUAAUGUAGUUGUUUGUUACCAUUGCAGAGCAUCUCAUGACCAAGGAUGUAGUCCACCAGCUGAGAGACACUGGUGGUAAAGAGAGUCUGAGGGUAGAUUUUACUCUGAUCAUUUGAAGAUGAGGGAAACACUGUGUGUGCUAGAUAGUUAUAUUAUCUAAUAUCACAAUAAAGAUUUAAUGAUGAUUUUAA